AUGGCAUUUGUUUUGCCAAUGUUUUCUUAUUUCGAAGAUCCUUUAGAAACCGACGAGCCUCUCAUUAAGAUACUCAAUCGCUUCACGUCAUACGCCAGCCUUAGUUCAGUAAUUUUAACGUGGUGUGUCAAUUGGACUGGUCGUCAGAAAUUACAGCUGCUAUUCAAUGAGUUUGCCACAAUCGAAUCCGACUACUUUUGUCGUUAUAAACAUUUGGUCAACGAAUGUGCGAUUUUCGACUGUUAUUUGCUUUGGAAAGGUUUUGCCAUUGUACUACAAAACACCUCAUAUAUUUACACAACAACAUUAGCCGUGAAUGCUGGUUGGAUAUUUUUUCUAUGGAUGUGUCUAAUGGCGUUGCUAACAAAUGUAAUAUUUCUCGUUUUGGCACACUUCUUCCUCGCUGUGCUGUACACUUAUCGAUUUAUUUGGGUAUUGAAUAGACGCCUACAAACUAUUGCCGAUAUUGAAGUGCAGCGGCGUCACUGCCGCCUUUUGGUCGUGGAAAUCGAUACCAUCGCAUCCAUUUAUUUGCGCCUGAUACGUCUGUGUGAAGCCUACACACGCAUACACCAGUUUCAGCUGCUGCUGGUUGUUGCCUGCGUGACCGCCUGCAACAUCGAGGUAUUAUUUUAUAUACGUUUGCUUUGGAGUGGCAAGACAUUCGCGCUGAAUGCGGCAAACGUGUUGGCAGUAGCGCAAAUAUUCUUUGUAAAUGUUUUGGACUUCUGGUUGACGAUCACAAUUUGUGAGUUAGCGGUGGUAACUUCGCGAACGACAUUGGAAAUAUUGCGCGGUUUCAGUGAAAAGACGGAGCUGGCGAUACCUGUGGAGCGGAGUCUGGAAAGUUUCACGAUCAUUUGCUGCAGUAAAAAGUUGCAAUUCCAUUUGUGUGGACUAUUUGAUAUUAACCACUUGAGUGGCUUAAAAGUUUUAAUGACAAUGAUAUUAUACCUUAUUUAUUUAGUGCAAUACCACAAUGAAAAUGAAUAA